AUGAGCGCUAUACCGCAAACGGAUCGCUGGCAAGAAUUCUUUGAUACAUAUCGCCAGCUGCCAGCACUAUGGCGAAGCAGCGAUGAGCAGUACAAGAAUCAGCGACAUAAGAAGGCUGCCUAUGAGAGGUUAUUGGAGUGCUAUAGACAGAUCGAUCCGAAAGCCAAUGUGGAUAGCAUGCGGCGCAGGAUCAAUGGGAUUCGAACUUGUUUCAGGCGUGAGCUGCGCAAAGUGGAGCACAGCGAGGAGAUCUCACAGGACAUGAGCAAGGUGUAUGUGCCGCACUUGUGGUACUACAAUGAACUGUCCUUCCUGCGCGACGAUGUGGGCAGAAUAGCUGUGACGGAAACAUCGGAUGGCAUUUAUGAUAAGCCAGAUGAGUCCAUGAACGAAUUUAAAGACGAUGAUGACAUGGAUCACUGGUCCGAAACGGAAACUAAAAUUUUUGAAGGCGUGCGACCGGUGGUCACUAAAUCCCCUGUAAGCCCAAUCCAAGCGGAGCAACCAUCGCCUUUGCUCGAACAGUUGCAGCCGCAGCUGAUGCCCACGCUCAUCCACAGCUCAAGGGAUGAGGCUGUCAUCUAUGCCGAGGGCUGGGCCACAUCCUAUCGCAAGUUGGAUGAGAAGAACAAGCUGCUGGCCAAGAAGGCUAUCGAGGAGAUUUUGGUGCUGGGACAGCUGAACAAGCUCGAGUUCAAUUCGGUGAAGAUGCCAAACUGA